AUUCAACCUGCUAUCUUGCACUUACACUGCAUCUUACACUGAAAAAAACAGCUUGCAUUUAAUGUCUGUUUCUGUGUGCACAGGGUCCUCUGUUUCCUUGUUCUGUUUUUCCUUGUUCUGUUUCACAAAUUCCCAUUUGUGAAAUAAGAAGUAAUCAUCACAUUAAAUUUGACUGAGUGACUAGGAAAGAGCCAUUAACUUUCUGCAUGAAAUGAUACUUCAUGCAAGGCUUGUUUUCCUGGUAGGAAGUAUGUUUGGAAGGACUAGGAGAAACAACAGCAGCAACUUAACAUGAUGCUUUCAUUGGAGACUUCUUAUUCUCAAGGUCUCUCAUAGUAUGCAUACAGCAUGACACCAGAGAAGGAUCUCAGUCUUAUUUAAGAAGCUUGGUGGCACCAUAUAAGGCUAUGGGGUGCACCCAAGAAAAGGGAAUUAAUGCCUUCUUGUUUGUCAUUCCUGCUUUUGAUCAGCUUUGGCACAUUCUGAUGAGCUUACACCUUUUAAGAAUCACAGAAACACCAAGGUUGGAAAAGACCUACAAGAAGGUCCCUGUGGAGGUAGAAUAUGUUACCUCUGACAGCUAUUGCAGAAAGUAAUGGAGUGGCUGCUGGUAAGAAAGAAGUAACAUCUUCACAGGAAACAGAAAUCAAGUAGGCUGAUGAGGGAGACAUCAAGGCUCAGAAAAUUCCAGAAAGCUCCCAAAGUGCUUACAUCAGAGCAUGGCAAGACUGAGAAGAGCUGAUGCUGGAAAUGGGAGGAGAGAAGGAACACUUAGCAAAAGCAAGAAGCCAGAGACUAAGGGAGACCAUCCAUGUCGUUUUCUUACUAAGCCCUGCACUGAAAAUAACGAAGGAGUUAAUCAUAAUGCUGAAGCAGAUGCUUAGCUCAGCAAAGUUCCAGGAGGACCAGCCAAGAACCUGGUUUAUUGGUAAUCUGUAUUUAUGUAUUAAUGCACAGGCAUUAUAUUUUAUUUGUGUAUGAUUCCACAGGGUAUUUUAAGUAGUGUAAUUAGUUUGCUGUUGAAUAGACAAAUAUGUUAUUCUUUUAUAUAUAGAUAGAUGGUAGGACUAGAACGAUCUCUUAUGCUCUGUAAUUUCAUUGAAUAAUUUAAUUAUGUAACUCCAUAGCUCUAGAGCUGGAACUGGAGUUUUUUUCUAGCCUGACAGCUGUAGCCUAUUGACUUAACCUUCUGGAAAAACUCUCUAGGCUAGUCUGAUAGAAAGAUCCUAUAUGAAUGGUACAUUUAACAAUAUUUGACACAGUUCUUCGUUUUUAAGGAUAUUAGAUCCAUUUUCUGAUUCAAUUGUUUUGUUGCUGUUGCUGUUGUUUUCCUGAUGACAACGCUAUUUGAAAGCUUACUGUUCCAUAUGUGUUAUUUAAAUAAAGCAUAGUAGGAAUGUGGAAUGAUAGAAUAUCCUUAGGACUUUCAGUUCGGUUCUCCCUCAACUCUUCAGAAUCAGCUUGUCUGUGAAAUACUUUGCAGGGCUUUGCUGCAGCCACUCAAGAGGGCCCAGAAAGAUGAAUAAUCUCAGAGAAGAGCUGUGGCAGAUUUUACAAAGUUUUGUAAAGUGAAAUGAAGCUGUGACCCACAGGAACAAUUGCUGUUUGAUGGUUUGGGGGGUUUUGCAAGCUUGAGUGUAUUUACGAAGAGGAAAUCUGUAGAAGAGUAUCCAUUACUAAAUGCAAUUAGUGGGGGAAAAACAACAGCAACUUGCUGUGAUUCUUGUAAAGAGCUUUGCUAAACUCCUGGGAAUAGAAGCUACUGAUGCUUCUGGUUCCAGAACUGUUCUUAAUGGUUUUAUUACUCUAUUCCCUCUUCUACUGAACUUUCCUUGAUUCUAAAAAAAAAAAACAAAUCAUCUACACAUAGAACGAUUUUGCAGACAAAUGAAGUGGAGAAGCAAACUCUGAAGUCUUUGCAGCCCAGGCAUCUAGGAGGAGGAAUCUCUGGCACCAAAUUCCUGUAGAGCAGAGGGAGUUUACUGAGACUGGACUAUUCUGCAGAAGACAGGAUUUUUUUGCAACAUCUGGUGAUUGGACACAGGGACACAGAAGACUUGAAAGGCUGCACGUUCAUCAUGUCUUCCAUUCUUGAGAAGAUGAAGAAAUUUGGCAGUUCUGACAUAGAAGAAUCUGAAGUUACAGAUGAACACACGGAUGGGGAAGACUCUGCACUGGAAGCACCUGACAACCUCCAGGGUACAUUCAGCAGCAAGGUGCAGCCAUCCAGAAGCAACAUCUUUGCAAGACGUGGACGGUUUGUGAUGGGGGACAGUGACAAAGACAUGGCUCCAAUGGACUCUUUUUACCAGAUGGAUCACCUGAUGGCACCUUCUGUCAUCAAAUUUCAUGCCAAUAUGGAGAGGGGGAAACUUCACAAGCUCCUGUCAACAGAUUCCAUCACAGGCUGCUCUGAAAAAGCUUUCAAAUUUUAUGACCGCAGAAGGAUCUUUGAUGCUGUAGCCCAAGGCAACACAAAGGACCUGGAUGAUCUGCUGCUCUAUCUUAAUAGGACCUUGAAGCAUCUCACAGAUGAUGAAUUCAAAGAACCAGAAACUGGGAAGACCUGCUUACUGAAAGCCAUGCUGAAUCUACAUGAUGGGAAAAAUGAUACCAUUCCCUUGCUGCUGGAUAUUGCAAAGAAAACUGGAACUCUGAAAGAGUUUGUAAAUGCAGAAUAUACUGACAACUACUACAAGGGCCAGACUGCACUCCACAUUGCCAUUGAGAGAAGGAACAUGUACCUGGUUAAACUCUUGGUCCAGAAUGGAGCAGAUGUUCAUGCAAGAGCAUGUGGGGAGUUCUUCAGGAAAAUCAAAGGGAAACCUGGUUUUUAUUUUGGAGAGCUGCCCCUGUCCCUGGCUGCCUGCACCAAUCAGCUCUGCAUUGUGAAAUUCCUCCUUGAGAACCCCUACCAGGCUGCUGAUAUUGCUGCUGAGGACUCCAUGGGCAAUAUGGUCCUGCAUACUCUGGUGGAGAUUGCAGAUAAUACUAAGGAUAAUACCAAGUUUGUUACCAAGAUGUACAAUAACAUAUUGAUCCUUGGUGCCAAAAUAAAUCCUAUCCUGAAGUUGGAAGAACGCACCAACAAAAAAGGGCUGACUCCAUUAACGUUGGCAGCCAAAACAGGGAAGAUAGGGAUUUUCGCUUACAUCCUCAGACGAGAGAUCAAAGAUCCUGAGUGCAGACACUUGUCUAGGAAGUUCACUGAAUGGGCUUAUGGACCUGUCCACUCAUCUCUUUAUGACCUGUCCUGCAUAGACACAUGUGAGAAAAAUUCAGUGCUUGAAAUUAUUGCCUACAGUAGUGAAACACCAAAUCGUCACGAGAUGCUGCUGGUAGAACCCCUUAACAGGCUGCUGCAAGACAAGUGGGACCGGUUUGUCAAGCACUUAUUUUACUUCAACUUCUUUGUAUAUGCAAUUCAUAUCAGCAUCCUGACCACAGCUGCCUACUACAGACCUGUGCAGAAGGGGGAAAAUCCUCCCUUCACUUUUGGUCACAGCACUGGGGAAUAUUUUCGAGUGACUGGAGAGAUACUGAGUGUAUUGGGAGGACUGUAUUUUUUUUUCAGAGGGAUACAGUAUUUUGUGCAGAGGCGCCCAUCAUUGAAGACACUGAUAGUUGACAGUUACAGUGAAGUUCUUUUCUUUGUUCACUCUUUGCUCCUCCUGAGCUCUGUGGUGCUGUACUUCUGUGGCCAGGAACUGUAUGUGGCUUCCAUGGUCUUCUCCUUGGCUCUGGGCUGGGCUAACAUGCUGUACUACACCCGUGGCUUCCAGCAGAUGGGCAUUUACUCUGUCAUGAUUGCGAAGAUGAUCCUAAGAGACUUAUGUCGCUUCAUGUUUGUCUAUCUAGUAUUCCUCUUGGGAUUUUCCACAGCUGUGGUGACUUUAAUUGAAGAUGACAAUGAGGGGCAGGACACAAAUAGCUCUGAAUGUGCCCGAUGCAGCCAUACAAAACGAGGCCGCACAUCCUAUAACAGUCUGUAUUAUACCUGCUUGGAACUUUUCAAGUUCACUAUUGGGAUGGGAGACCUGGAGUUUACAGAGAACUACAGGUUCAAGUCUGUGUUUGUCAUCCUUUUGGUUCUCUAUGUCAUCCUUACGUACAUCCUCCUGCUCAAUAUGCUUAUUGCACUGAUGGGAGAAACAGUGAGCAAAAUUGCACAGGAGAGCAAGAGCAUCUGGAAACUCCAGAGAGCCAUCACAAUCUUGGAUAUUGAAAACAGCUACUUGAACUGUUUGAGGCGCUCAUUCCGAUCUGGAAAGCAAGUCUUGGUGGGGAUCACACCUGAUGGCCAAGAUGAUUACAGAUGGUGCUUUAGAGUUGAUGAAGUGAACUGGUCCACGUGGAAUACUAAUUUGGGCAUAAUCAACGAAGAUCCUGGGUGCUCUGGGGACCUCAAACGAAAUCCCAGUUACUCUAUUAAGCCUGGUAGAGUUUCAGGGAAAAACUGGAAAACUUUGGUUCCGCUUUUAAGAGAUGGAAGCAGGAGAGAGGAAACACAAAAACUUCCAGAAGAAAUCAAAUUGAAACCCAUUUUGGAACCUUAUUAUGAGCCAGAGGAUUGUGAGACACUGAAGGAAUCACUUCCAAAGUCAGUCUGAUCUUCUUUUGUUUUUAAGAAGAAGGCUAAUUCCCGUUGUUUGUGUUGGUUCUUACAAGGAGGACAAUUAAAACACUUCCUUCAUAAGAAUAGAGAUUUAUGGAAAAAGGCCAAAGAAGUUAGGAUAUGACUGUGUGCAAGGAUUCAUUAAGUAUCUUGAAUAAACUACUCGUUGUUUAAACUCAUGUCUUCAUGGUUAUUUUUAAUAUAAAUCUGGAAGAAAGUAGAUACUUACUGCUUGGUUUAUAUUUACUUGGCUAGAUAUUUGCAUGUAGGCUGACUUACAAAGUGUUAGACAAUUCUUAUAGUGUGGUGUGGGUUUGCUUUCUUUUGCUUUGCUUUACAUUAAAUACACUGAGAAUUUCCUACAGUUCAGAGCUGUCAGUAUGGUAGUGAGCUGUUUUUUGAUGCAGAUUUUUUCCCAGUCUUCACUUCUUUCACUCUUUGUAAGUGCUCUCAUGUAUUUCUGAGGUCUGAGCUGACAUUCUCAUUGUUAGCUUACAGGUCCUUCACUAAGUUUUGCAGAUUGGUGCAAGUGGCCAGUAAUGGUAAAUAUUCCAUUGAUAAUAUGAAAAUAACAAAAAGGCCUAUAGAGAAAAGGUUAUCACUUGCCAGCUGUGUCUGCUUUUAGAUUCUUUUAACAAGUGUUUGUCUGAGCAGCUACAGGCCCUAAUUUCCUGACUUUCCAACCUUGAAAACCAACUAACUGUGUUAUAAUGGAAAUGGAUAAGAGCAGUAAAAAUUACCAAGAGACCAAAGGUAGGUUGCUGUGAAGAAUGUUUCUUGGAAAGGAGAUAAAUGGGGACACAGUAAAAGAAUGGUAAGUAAUGAAUCAUCUAAAGAUGUGGUUAGCCUUUCUCAUAACACAAGAACAAAUAUACUCUGAAAUUGUAAAGGUUGGGUAGUCAAAAUGAACGGAAUGUUUCUCUUCUACCCAGAGUUUGGGUAAACUCCAGAAUAUCCAGUUACUGUUACUGAGGCUGAAGGCUUAACAAGAUCCCAAAAUUGACAUUUAUUUAGAUAACAGAUGAACUUUGCAUAAAGUUAGAGAGAAUGGCUAUAUAGACUGUAUGUUUCAAAGAUCAGAUGUAUAAUAACAGUAAUAUUUUGAAAUCAAAGUUUUUGUUCUUGACUUUUAACAGCAAUGAAAGGAAAGUAGCUAGUCAGAAAGGAAGGAUGAGAAAAUCUGUGAUAAAGAUCUGACCCAAUGAUCCAGUGCUGGACCUGUGCAGCUGCGAUGGGCAAGAAAAGGUAGAUUACCUUCUUU